AUGCAUCGUUCAACUUAUACAACCGUCGUCCUUGACUUGGGUGGAGUGCUAAUUAACUACAGCUCCAAGAACACAGUCGGUCUGACUUCAACCCAGAUCAAGAGUGCUCUCGACUCUCCAUACUGGCAUGAAUACGAGAAAGGCAAAGUCUCCAAGCAAGAGGCCUAUAACCAAGUCGCUCAAGCCUUCAACAUUGAUUUGGAGACUUGGACCGAGGUCCUGGAACAGAUGAAAGAUGGAAUGCAGCCAAACGAAGCCCUGGUCUCUGCCAUGAAAGAUUUGAAAACAGCUUAUCCAGCAGCCAAAAUCUGUUGCUUGUCCAAUAUCCCAGGACCAGAACUUGCUCUUCUCAAAGAUGAGAUCGAAAGCUGUGGUAUGAUCGAUCAAUUCGUCGCCUCUUCCGAUUUACAACAGAGAAAGCCAGAAAUGGGUGUCUAUACUGCAUUUUUGGAGAAGAUACAGGAGUCAGCAAAAAACUGCAUCUUCAUCGACGACAAAGUCGGCAGUGUGGUCAACGCGCAAUGCCUAGGGUUCAAAGGCAUUGUUUUUACCACUACCGAUGAGCUGAUAAGAGUUCUCCACAAUCUAUUGGGCGAUCCUGUUGCUCGCGCAAAGAUUUACUUGAAGCAGAAUGCAAAGAACCUUUUCUGCACGAUGAAUACAGGCAACCUUCAGCCGGAUAACUUUUCUCAACUGCUUAUCUUGCAUCAUACAGGAGAUCGAGAUCUUAUUGUGCUGAAGAACGAGGGUGAUACGUGGAAUUACUUUCAUGGUAGUCCUACGUAUGAUGGCACGACAUACCCGGAUGAUCCCGACACAACGUCUUUGGCAAUGACGAUGCUGGAAGAUGUUUCCAUGGAGCAAAAGCUCAAAGCGAGGGACGUCAUAUUAUCAUACGUCAACAAAGACGGUCUUCCAGAAGCUUGGUUCAAUAAGAACCGUCCGCGAUUCUGUCACUGCGUCUGCGCCAAUGUCUUUCGCUUCUUUACAAUCAACGAUUGGUCCGAUAAACUCCCCAAUGUCUACGAAUAUCUCUGUCGCGUACUAGAGACCAGAGCUUUUCUCCACGGCAGUCGUUACUACAAAAUUCCAGAUUGGUUCCUGUACAUUCUCUCAGACCUCUGUGCCAGGCGUCCAUCUGACGAAAAGCUUCAGAGAAUGAGAGAUUUACUUGUUGAAUGUGUAGAAGAGCGUAUGGGAUGCGAUGACAAUAUUCUCGGGGCUGCAAUGAGAGCUUUGAGUGCUCAAUCUUUGGGUCUGAAGAAUGACCGAGAUCUCAGGAUUCUACUGGAGAGUCAGCAGCUUGAUGGCGGAUGGGAGUUGGUAUGGCUGUGGAGUUAUGCGACGAAGCCACUAAAGAUUGGAAGCCGAGGUGUUGUCACUGCCAUGGCUAUGGAUGCGAUUCAGCGGGCAUUGAUCUGA